AAUGUACACGAGACACACACACACGUACACACACACACACACGCUCACAAACAAACACACAUGCAUCAGCAGUAAACAACAUGUACGGCCAUAGUAGCAUACAUCCAUUCGUCCAACACAUACAUCCAACCACAAAUGAAUUUGUAUGCAAGUUUGUCCCUUGUAAAAUUCUCAUCGUCUGUUUUAUCUUUACAAUCAUCAUCAUCGCCGGCUCUGUAGUCAUCAUUUAUGCAACAACAAUGGCGUAUGAGUGGGCUGGCAGCGUGCGGUGACCACUGACCAGUUGUGCAGCCAGCAUUAACAAAAUGAAGCCACAACAACAAGACAUCAUCAUCGUCAUCAUCAUCAUUAUUUUCACUCUCAUUAGGAUGACUUCCGGUUGGAGCCGGGUCCGCGAGAGAUGGGACAAGAUGAUGCAACAACUUGAUGAAAAAUUGCACCAAAAAAAUUCAUUCAAUGACCAGCUGACUAAAAUUGAAGAAAAAACUCACAUUCCAAGAUUGAGAUUUGUUCAGGCAACUCUGCUAAUGAUCUUCGUGCUAGUAACUUUCUGCAUGGGCUCUGAAAUAAUCAGUCACUGCGUUGGAUUCCUCUAUCCUGCUUAUGCAUCCAUAAAAGCGAUUGAGAGUUUGAACAAAGAUGACGACACGAGGUGGCUAACUUAUUGGGUCGUCUACGGAUUUUUCGUAUUCUCUGAAAGUCUGACGGACAUAUUCCUCUUCUGGUUUCCAUUUUACUGGACGACAAAGUGCAUCUUUUUGAUAUGGUGCAUGUUACCCAUAAGAAGCAACGGCUCCGACUUCAUAUACAACUUCCUCAUCAGACCUCUCUUCCUUAAACAUGAGAAACAAAUUGAUGAUGCAAUCAACCAAGCACAAUCCAACGCCAAGCAAUACAUUGGGAAAGGUUUUAAAUCAAUCAAUCAUUCAUUCAUUCAUCAUUUGUCCAGUUGGUGAAUGAAUGAAACAAUUAAAAUUUAGAGUCACUUUUUAGUUUCAAGAACAUCUUAACAUCAACUUGCGAAUUAAAUUUUAAUGAUUUAUUGGACGUGUUAUUGACUUCUACUUCUACUUCUACUACUUCUACUACUACCGCUAUCAAUAAUAAUAAUAACAAUAACGUUUGAUGAGAUAAUAUAACCCACUUGCAGUUUCGAAUGUUCUAGAUGAAAAUUUCGCCACAGCAAAGCAGGGUUAUCAAGCACUUCGAGGCAGGAACAACUACUACGAUCCUCCGAACGAAGAAGAAUAUCCAGAUCGUACGCCUCCUCCUUUUCCAUCAAAACUCGAUGAGCUGAAGAACAAAUAUGGGUCAGACAACAUCAAAUAUGGGUCAGACAACAUCAAAUAUGGGUCAGACAACAUGCGAGUAGGCUCUCCCGAGAGAUCGUUAAGCAACAGCAGGUCUAAAUUAUUUGCUGACCGGCCCGUCAAUCGAUCACCCGAUAGAACUAUGAACUCUUCAGUGGACGAACGAACUUCUUUAAGAGAUAGAUCCGGGAUGGAGAGGGGAUCGUCAUCUGAUAGAUCCGGGAUGGAGAAAGAUUCGUAUCAUAGCGAGAAGGAUUCUUAUUCAAAUUCUCCUGUUAGAUCGACUGCCAGGCAGAACUCUAGAAACUUUUCGAACGGAAGUGAGGUCAACUAUAGCAGAAACAAUGGUGGAAGAUUUUAAAUAACAUAACGGUGGACAAUGCGAAUUUUUAUAAAUUUAUAUUUUAUUAAACCUAUCUCAUCCCAUUUACAUAUCAUUCCUUUUAAACACAUUAAUUUCUGCAAAUUUAUUUUUGAAGCCAGCGGUAAACUUUCUUGGUUUUGCUUAGUUUUUACAUUUUAAACGGUGAUUCAGUUAUUAAAAUUGUUGGUAGAAGCGUUAAAAAAGUUGACAAAUAUUCGACGUUAUUAAACGGUAGCAGUGCAUACACAUCGCUCUGAAGGCCACCCACCGACCCACCUUACCUACCCACCUUACCUACACACCCACCCACCUUACCUACCCACCCACCUACCUGCAUCUGUUUGCACGACAGCAGCCCAUCAAUCCAGCAUUUGCCUACCUACCUCGCACAAAUUCCAUUCACUGAAACCACACGAAACAGCGUAGGAAAUGGUGCGGCCGACAUUCGCAGUCGGCAAGUGUCAGUUACAACUUCAUAACAAACUCCAAAGAGGUUCGCCUUAUUUGAACAGGUUGAAAAAAUGAACUGAUUGUAUUUACAGUUUUUUAUUCAAAAAUUUUCGUUUCACCUAAAAAAUUAUUCAAUCAUUCAACAAA